GCCACUCUUCCAGCGUGCAGGCUGAGACAGCAUCGGACGCCGCACGUGAGGUGGCCAAGCUUGUUGGCUUGAGCCUGGAGCAGCAACAGCAAGAGGCUGAUGUUGCCUACAAGCAGGUGAAAGAUCUGGUUGGCGAGACCGGCAAGCGCGCAGAU